AUGGAUCCUCCGGGGCAGCCUGACAACAAACGCCCCCGUCUCUCGAGUACCAACUCGUGGUCACCAACGGGCGGACCGCAACAACAUCAACAACUACCACCACUACACCACCCGCCGCCGCCGCCGCCCUCCUCGCACCCGUCGACGCCGCACCAGGCCCAUACUCUUCCACCUCACCACACCGCGCAGCCCGCGCCAUAUAACCAUCAACCGCAGCCGCCGUACCCUCCUCGUUCCGUCGAGCCUCACCAUCCUCCUCACGCGGCGCCGCAACACCAUCAUCCCGACGACCGACGACACCAUGAGCAAGAGCCUUCCUACGCGCCGAUGCAGGAUCACUACCGACACCCAGCCUCGCCUGCCCACCCUCACUACCCGCCGUUUCCCAACCGAGACCCCGCCGGCGUGAAGAGGGAGCCCCACGACGAGAACCUCGCCCAUCCGCGACGGCCGCACUCGACCGGAGGCGGGCCAGCAGACGGUCUGCCUCCUCCGCCGCACUCUGCGAACCCUCACCCUUCUCACCAACCCUACCCUGACGACUCUCGACGACACAUGAGCUACGACAACGGGCCCCAGCAGAUGCCCCCCACGCCGGGGGGCUAUCGAGGCAGCUUUCCUCCCCCGAUGACCCAGCCGCCGCCGCCGCCGCCCCCUCCUCCUCAGCACUAUGAACAGCCGCCUCAGUACCAGGCUCCUCCUGAAUCGAUCUACAACAACAUCCAAUACUCUUCCACUGCGAAGCGCAAGGCGACGCGAGCCUCUCAGGUACGUGCGACUGGCUCCGGUGGGGGUCUGCUCUUGAUGGUCGGUCGGCGCUAA